AUUACCUGCUCGUGAUACUCCCUAUUCGCUAAUACAAUCACCAAUCGCCGAAGCAACGCCGACAGAUGGAUUAGCAAACGCAUAGGGAAUUCUAACGUCUAUUUAGCUUCAUCCUAGUUUAUACGCUACACUUGUGAUAAACUUGUUUUAAAUAGAGGAGUUUAACUUUCUGACAGAGCACUAAGUCGGACUAAUUAUAUACUCUAAUAUCGUAUCUAUAUAUAUAAUAAGAUCAACGGAGGAAGCUUUCGUUCGCGGCUACGAACGAUUCGCGUUAACUACUGUCUUCAAAUUGACUAUCUGCUUGAUAGUCAAUAAAAUUGAAUUUCUAUGCAAUUUGGCGCGUAGCAUUUCGCGUCCGUGAAAGGGGCGAUAGCGUGUCGACUCUCCCGUUGGUUGGCCCACUAAAAUUAGAAUACAACCUUGGAUCGAUGUCGACUGCGUUAAACAACGUCGACCGUACCUAACACUUAUAACGGCCGUCAUUAAUUUUACCGAAUUAAGCGACUUCGAGAAAGAAACCUGAUACGCAUGUAAAUGAUAUUAGAAUGAUAAUUUUUUAGGAUGUAGUUAUUGUCACAGACGCAAUAACAGGUAUAGUUCUCUGCCAACAAAUAGGUUGCACGUUCUCGUACUAGGCUAUGCGAUUCUCAUUCGCAUUGAGGCGCAAAAGAUCUUUAUGAAAGAUGUAACAAUCGUACGAUGAACUUUUCCAAAAUAAAGCAGUAGUAACAGCAGCGGCAGCGGCGGCGGCGGCGGCGGCGGCGGCGGCAGCGGCGGCGCGAAACGAAUAAUACGGCUGCGCCCGUCGGAAUCGAUCGAUCCGCAAUAGAGUGGCUCUGACCCUUACGGUUAACGUAGAGCAGUGAACGCAACGGAGGCUCUAUGGAUACAUCCUUCUCGUAAUAUGAGAUGUUGCGCUUUCCAUCGCGAUUUUUCUGACAGUGAGUCAAAAGAAGACGCGCGGAGGAUUGUAGAGAGUCAUGCGCGGUCCUCCACGAAGGUCAAUUAUCGUUUGGCUGACUCUAGCGUUCUUUUUACUUUUCGUUUGUCGAUUAUUGCUCGAUCGCGGUUAUCGUCUUCAUUUACUCUCAAUCGAGAACUCGAAAGAGCAAUCCUAUUCAUUGUCCGUUAGGAAAAAUCGGGCGCAAUCAUUGAAUUAUCGAGAAAAUGUUCAAGGCGGAACGUCCGCGUAUAUCGCUGGCGCAUACAUGGCCGACCGGUCAUCUGGAAAUGGAAGUUCUUGCAUCUGGUAUUAUGGCUUACCGCAUUACCUCUCAUAUCCUUCCUCCAAGAUAAGCUGGACACCGGAGAUCGGCGAGAAGAGUCCGUAUAGAGUACUGCCCUACGUUUUACGUGGCAGAGACGUCGACAAAGAGGAUGCACCGCCGAUAACUCUAUGCACUCACGCGACGGCCGACCAAGUUUACGGCAUCGUCGAACUCGCCCGCAGGUGGGAGGGACCAUUGAGCCUGGCCGUUUUCGCGCCCGGCCUCGACGCCGGCCUGGCCGUCGCUCUGCUCGAUCGUGCUUGUCGAUGUGAAACAGCCAUGUCCAAGGUAUCCGUCCAUUUAAUAUUUCCUGCGGGAAGAGUACCCUCGCUCGAUCGACCGUAUCAAGAGCAAGCCGAUUGUACAGCGUCGGAUUUACAAUGGCGAGAAACGGAGACCGAAAGAUGGAAGAGCGGCAUGACGUAUCCUAUUAAUGUUGCCAGAAAUGUGGCUAGAACGUCGGCUAAUACCGCUCGCGUUCUCGUGUCCGACAUUGAACUGCUACCUAGUGAGAGAUUAGCCUCUGGCUUUUUAUCUAUGGUCCAUGGUAGACCGCCAAAACUUGGUGUCGUCUUUGUUCUACCAGUUUUCGAAAUCGAUGCGAAUGAGCAGCCCCCAUCGAAUAAAAGGGAACUUCUCUCUGCGGCUAAAGCUGGCUUGGCUGUUUACUUUCAUAGAUUCCUGUGCCCGCAUUGCCAAAGAUUUCCGGGCUUAACCAGAUGGAUGGUAAGGACAGAUCCAGGAAAGGUCAGACCUCUCAUCAUAACCCGUAGAGAGUAUCCGCAUCAUAGAUGGGAGCCCGUUUUCAUAGGCAUGCGAGAAGAUCCACUUUAUACAGAAAAUAUGUCUUGGGAAGGUAAACAGGACAAAAUGGCUCAGAUGUUCGAGAUGUGUCUCUUAAAUUAUCGUCUAGUCGUACUCGACGGUGCCUUUUUAGUACAUACACCUGGAAUUAAGCGCAAACCACAGAUUAUUAGUGCAGCGAGACAGGAAUUUUUGCGUCCUCAUGAAAAGAAAAAUGCAAAACUUUAUCAACGAGUCGUUAAGAGAUUGCUCGCGCAAUAUCCAACGAAUCGUAAAUGCACCCAGUGAUUGCAUCGAAAUAUUCAUUUUACAAAUGAAAUAUUUAACAAUGAGAUAUUUUUUAACGUUUGCGAUACAUCGUCGAUCAUAACGUUACAUCUAUCUUUAUAUAGCGCGCGUUGAAAAGUAUUUUAUCUCGGAUCAAUUAGAUAGGAAUAAUAUCAUGCAAUAAAUCAAUGAUAUCCUGAAAUAAUGAACAACUAUUAAGAAUACAUUAACAAUAGUUGAUAAAUAAAACGUUAUGUGUAUCUGCA